AAAGGUGGUAAAAGGGUGUGUGCGUUGAGGUGAAUGUAGAAGCCAGAGCAUACGGUACAGGGAAAAGGAUAUAUACUUAUAGCUUAGUUUACACUAUUUUAAUGGUGGCUGGUACCUUAAUUCCACAUGCUUAAUUUUGCAAAUCUUUUGCACCCCUUUAUUAUAUAACCGUUUCAUCCUCCAUAGCAUUCCAAAGGGUGUUCCGAGAAGGAAUCAAACAACAAAAUUUCCAGGUGGAUCUUGGUAAAUUUGAUUUUGGUCCAAAAAUAGUAUGAAAAGAAAAACACCAUAGUCUAUAGUUUUCAUGUCCUUGCUAACGGUGGCGUACCAAAGGGGCUCAGGUGAGUUUAUCCGGUUCACCGCGGAUGACGGUGGUGAGGGUGAACAUGGUUAUGGACAUGAUGGUGGUAGUGGUGGCUCAGCAGGCUUCAAUUUUAACCAAGGGAUGCUGCAACAACAAGGUGAGGUAACAAUGCAAGGUGGUUCUUUGGUUUCAGGGUACAACAGGGGUGAUCCAGAGUUGAGGCAAAUGGUUUCAGCUUUGACACAUGUUGUUUCGUCAGGGUCUGACCAGAGGAGCACCGAAUGGAUGCAACAAAGUGGUUAUCCUAUGAUGUCAGGUUUCGCACAUGCACCUUCUCUUUCUCGUUUGUCUUCUUUCUCUUCCUCUCCUUCUCCUUCUUCUGGACCCUCUGGUGUUGGUCAGAAAAGAGGGAGAGAAGAACAAGAGACUAAUACCUCUUCUUCACAUAACCUGAUGCAACAACAAACUGCUCCCAGACUCUUCAGAACAACACUUGCUGACUUCAUGCUACCUUCUCAAGGAGACUCAUCUUCAGUGACUGAAGAAGCUCCCACCUCCACAACUACAACAGUAACAGCAGCAGCAACUGCUGUUACUGCUGUUACUGAAACUACGACUGGAGAUGGGGAAAGGAGGAGAAAGUACAGAGGAGUGAGACAGAGGCCAUGGGGGAAAUGGGCAGCUGAAAUCCGUGAUCCACACAAAGCCGCAAGAGUUUGGCUUGGAACAUUUGACACAGAAGAAGCAGCAGCAAGAGCCUAUGAUGAAGCUGCAUUGAGGUUCAGAGGCAACAGGGCAAAGCUAAACUUCCCUGAAAAUGUUAGGGCAGUUCCCCCUAUUCAACCUUUCCAACCCACCACAAGACUAACCGUUUCUGACUCCUCCACCACUCAAUUCCGACCACUCACCACAGCCAUGGCGGCGCCACCCUUCAUUCAGCCGCCAAAUAUGCAAAGCUCCUCUGACUUGAUCAGAGACUAUUUGCAAUACUCUCAAGUUCAAUUGAAACAUGAUCUCCUCUGUCUCUGUCUCUCUCUCUCUCUCUCUAGACUGACACCGACAGCAUUUGCAAAAGAGACUGCAAUAAGAUGUUAA